UUGACAUAAGUGAUAGUCGUAAACAAGGCAAAAUGCGGUAAAACUCCGAGUGACUAAAAUGUUCGUUAAGUUUUAGGUUUGACUUUUAUUCAAGUCGUUAUCAGAAUAAUAAGUAAACAAAAUAUAAUAACAAUCACAAGAAUUUAGCAAACAAAUUAUGUCACGUAAAGAUAUUGCAUUUAUUAAAUACUAUAAUUUGUAAGUAAGAACAAGUUUUGUGGUUUGAAAUGGCAACUUGGAAAUUAACUCGGCAAAUAUUUGGGAAUGAAGAAUAUACAUUGUCCGAGGGAGAUGUAGUGACAAUUGGGAGAAGCACCGACAAUACUAUAACUUUAUGUAGCAUGGUUGUAUCUAGAAACCAUUGUUCGCUCAAAAUUGAACGAAACCAAAUUAUGGUGACUGAUUUAAAGAGCUCAAAUGGUGUUUUCGUUGGAAGUACAAAAAUCCCUCCAAAUGUACCUUAUAUUGCCAAAGACUCAGACACAAUAGGUAUAGGUUGGGAUACAAGCAUAUCUUCAACGGGGAUUGACAAUACUCAGAAAUAUUUGUUUAAAGUUGCCAGAGAAAAUAAAGCAUGUCACGAUAUCGAAAGAAGAUUAUCGGGAUAUGAUAGCAAGACAGAUUCAACGCCGUGUAACUUGUUGAAAGAGAAUUCAACAAAAGCAAUCAAACGAAAAGCUGACUUCAAUAUAACUCCUAAAAAAGAAAAAGAACCCAAAAAUGAAAUUGAUGACGAGAUAAUACACAUAAAGUCGGAGAGUGAUAAUGAAAAUUUGGAUAGUGAUAUUAAAAAACCUAAACUAGAACCAAUAACCGAGACGCCUCAAAUUCGAUGCAUUCCAAUAGAAAAAAUUAAAAAUGAAAAUGAAUAUUUACAAUUGGAAGCAUUUAAUGUUAAACAGGAAUACUUAGCUUAUGAUGAUGAACCAAUUGAAGUAGAUAGUGACAGCGAUAGGGAAUCUGAACAGUGGUUAGCACGACUUUCUCAAAAUUCUCCAGGAAAACCAUUGAAAAGGUUGUCACAACAAAAUAAAGAAGAGACGGAAGAUAGCUCUUACAGUCAGCUAGAAGACUUUGUUGAUUUAGACAACUUAUGGAGCAAAGUAGAAGAUGAUGUAAUUUUAAUAGAACCUUCAACAAAUGAAGAAAAAUCCUUUACGAUAUCUGAUGAAAUACUAAAUUUCAAUGAUCAUUUACAAGAUGAAAUAGAAAAUAAUCUUGAUGCAACAAUUAAACCACCGGAACAUAUUAAUCUUGUACAAAAUAUUGAUGAAAUUGAUGGAUUUUGCAAUGAACAAUCUUCUAUUCAAAAACAACAAAUUCCAAUUAUAGAUGCACGAAAAAUCCAAAAAGAAACAAAACGAAUUACUCAAUUAACAGAGCCCCCAGAUCAUCCACCUAAAAAACAAUCAACCAACAAGUUACAUGAAAGUAAAACUAAAAGUAGUUCAUCAAAACGCAGCAAAUCUAAAAAAGAAUCUACAUCGAGGCGACAUAUAUCCAAGUCAGACAAGGAAGCACGCAAACAAAAAUUGAAAGAAUUGGCUAUUAAAGAAAGAGAAAAAGAUAAUUCCACAGAAAGUAAAAUUGACAAUUCGAGUAAAUCAACAGUACAUGCAAAGGUUACUGCAACAAGUCGAAGUGCAUUUUUGGGUGAUACAAUACAAAUUGUUAAACCAUUAAAUAGGAAAGAAAAAAAUGAAGAAAAUUCGAAACUCAAAAACGACGCCGAUGACGAAAAAAAGAUUCAAAGCAAGGAUAAAAAAACAACUAAAGAUAAUAAUAAUCGAAAUAAAUCUGAUGAAGGAAUCACCAUUAAGCAUAUCAAAGAUUCUAGAGUGCCACUCAAAAAUGUUAAACCACUAUCAGAUAGGGAAGAUGUCAGUUUGCAUGAGAAAACAAUUCUUGGAAAGCCAUUUAAUAAAGUUGAGCCUUUGUCCCAUAAACAGUCGACUACAAAAAAAACUGUUCGUUUUUCUGAUGCAGGACCUAAGGUCCAUGUGUUUGAAAUAGAGCCUGGAAAUAAAAUGAAAAAGAUUCAAAUGAUGAAAACGACAUUACUGGAUGUUAGACACGUUCCAAUGUUUUCAUUAGAUAAAAUUGCUUUAAUGAAAAUUCUGCGAUGGAAUCCACAGUGGUUAGAAGAGCAAAUAAAUAAUGACGACUGCCCUCCUAUAUUGGGACAUAAUAAGCAGCCAAUGUCAAUUUUCCAUUCAUUUUCAAACCAUGCACAAUAUGCACAACAAAUUGGUGAUUUAUUACUAAUGGAAAUCUGGGAGUGUUUAACUAUAGCAUACAUGAAAGUUCGAGAACAAAGAAAUGAUAUUGUGAUGCGCAUAGAAAAUAUUCCACCUGCCCCACCAUUGGAAAAUAGCUUCGAUUUAUUAAACAUAAGUGUAAACGUGUCAGUGCCUUCAUCUGAAGCCAAAAAAGUGCCGAGAGUGGGAGCAAUACUUCUCGUCAUUUUUGGUCCAGAAAAUGCUAGAUGCCAAAGAUUUUUCUCUGUACAUAACGUCAGAUGUCUUCCAUCUCCACCAAGUAACAUGAACUCUUUCUUUUCGCUCUCAUUGCAAUCAGCUCAUAGUGAAAAAAUAUUGUCAUUGAGACAGGGAGAAGUAGUACUAGCAAAAACAUUAGCUCAUAUAAGUAAUGAAUUAAUGCUAUUUGAAGCCAUGGAGUACAUGGCCAAUUCACCACUCGGAGAAAUUAUUUUACAACCUAAACCGUAUCAUUUCCCGAAAGUCGGUGCGAAUCCUGUGUUAAAUACCAAAUCACCGUGGACAAUGACUUUAAAUCCAAGUCAGCAAAUGGCAGUGAAUGCAUCGGUCUCCGCCGCGUUAAGUGAUCGCCCUUCUGUACAGAUGGUACAGGGUCCGCCGGGUACUGGAAAAUCUAGUGUCAUAUGUUCUAUGGUUAUGUCAUAUUUUUAUGACUCGAAAAGCAGAAGAAAUCAGAACCAUGGAAAAAUAUUAAUAUGUGCGACGAGCAACGCCGCAGUCGAUGAACUAGUUAUCCGAUUACUGAAAAUACGUCAAACGUUGCCCAAAGGGUGUCGCGCGCGCGGCACGUGGCUGAUGUGUGUGGUGGUGUUGUCAGAGGAGCGGUUCCGCAUGGUGCGCGUGGGGCGCGCGGAGGCGAUGCACCCGUGCGCGCGCGACGUCAGCUCGCAGCAGCUCGCGCGCCGCGACCACGCGCGCGCCGCGCACCACGCGCACGCGCACCACGCGCACCACGCGCACCACGCGCCCCACGGACUCGCGCAGGAGAUUUCCCACUUAGAAGCAAAAAUGAAUAUGUGGAAGGCCGCGAUACAGGAUGCUAAAGACCCUGUGCGAGUGGCGUACUGUCAGUCCCGUAUGGCAGAGGUCGCGAAGAGGUUAGCGUUGGUGCGCCAGAGCGGCGGGCUCGGCACGGACGCACACGCGAGCAGCGAGGCGCUGGCGCAUCUCGAGCGAGUCAUCGUCGAAGGCGCGGACAUCGUCGUCACGACGCUCGCUAGCGCGUACACGCACAAAACCAAAGUGUUGAAGCGUCGUAUCGCGUUGUGUAUAAUAGACGAGGCGGGGCAGGCCAUCGAGCCGGAGACACUGAUCCCUCUGAUGCUCGACGUCACGCACCUCACCCUCAUCGGUGACCCACAACAACUACCCGGAUUCAUUUGCUCACAGCGUGCCAAGAAACACGGUCUAGGCGAGAGUCUGUUCGCGCGCCUGACGUCGAGCACGGAGCAGUGGGCCGGCGCCGGCCCCGUGGUGUUGCUCGACCGGCAGUACCGCAUGCACCCCGACAUCAUCGACUACCCCAACCGGGCCUUCUACGACUGCAAGAUCAAAACUGUGGCGCCGCAGCGGCCGCCACUCAACGUGCCGCCCUACUCCAUCAUCAGUAUAUCCAGCGGCAACAAAGGACAAGGUUCGUCGGGUGGCAAUGAGCUAGAGGCGAUGGGCGUAGCGCGGCUGGCGCUGGCACUGAGCGCGGGUGCGCGUGCGCAGCGCCUGUCGCUGGCCGUCGUCACGCCCUACCACGCGCACAAGGACCUCAUCCGCAAGAACCUCGCGGCACUGCACCAACAUGGGUCGGAGGUGGAGGUGAACACGGCGGACAGCUUCCAGGGGCAGGAGCGCGAUGUGAUCGUGGUGUCGCUGGCGCGCAGCCAAGGCGUGGGCUUCCUCACGCACGCCGGCCGCAUGAACGUCAUGCUCACCCGCGCCCGCCACGCGCUGCUCAUCUGCCUCAACCCACACGCCAUGAUGAGAAAUGACCAGUGGCGCACACUAAUCGAAGACGCACAAAGGCGGAACAUGUUUAAAUCUCUCCCCACUAAACUAUGCAAGCCAUUGUCUCCGGAUAAAGUGCCGACGGACGACAUCCUUAAAUAUUUGUAUCCUAACUUGAACGAAUGAAUUUAACCAGUCAUUCACGUAACUGUAUUUACCGCUAUAUAUUUUGUAAGUUAAAAUAAUUAUAAGUAUAUGUAAUGUUCUAAUUUUGUUGAUAGUUUUAUAUCUUUCAAUAAAUAGUGUUGAUAGUUCAGUUGUUGUUAAAGUGUCUUUACUAAACCUAUGUUGAAAUUGUAAACCUAGUUAAGCAUGUUGUUUCACCUCAGCAACUCAGAACUGUUUUUAAAACAUUUCUUUCAAUACAAAAGUAUUGUUCUUUAAUUAAUCUAUGGCAUCUUGUAAUUGUGUAUUGAUAUUUUUUUCCAUCCGGUUUAUUUUCUGGAAGGUUAUAUCAAAUUUUCAUUAUUUUCUUAAAAAAGAAAAGGUUUAAAUAUAGAAAAAAACUAACUACAUUACCAUUUGUAUCAAGGUGACAGACACGAACUGAGCAUGAAUCCCGUACGCGCCAUGAUGCAAGUCCUUUAGUCACAAAGAAACCUUCGGUCUUAAAGAAAAAACUGUUAUUACACAUCAAACUAUAAUUACCCGGCAAUAAAAUAGUAAUAGUGCACAAUACUUACUUUAAUAUACAAGGUCAUAAUCAAAAAAAUCAUUUCAGGGUCACAUACAUUGUUAACAUCUUGACAGCUAAAGUAGCCGUGCUGCAAAAUGACUGCAUACUUGCGACAUGUCUCUUACGCACGAUCAAUAAGCGUAUUAUCGUUUGAUCCUUAAAUUUCGGAACAUGGUUUUACUCUCCUUUCUGGGCAAGCCUUCCUCUGGAUUUCCUAUAGCUAUUGAAAGGAAAGCGUGGUACGUACUUCCAGUAUUCAAUAUUUCGAGUGUCAGAUAAUGUUGCUGAAUGUUGUAUAGACAAUAGUUAAUACAAUAUUAUCUGACCUCUAUCAGUGAAUAUAAAUUAUUUAUAGUACACAAUUGUAAAGCUGAUAUUGACCAUGCUAUCGAUAGCAUUAUUUUAUUGAUACACAGCCGACUUCAAUGAACGAUAACAAUAGCUUUUUCGGUCAAUGGCGAAAAUAGCUGUAUACAAUAAAUUUUUUUUUUGACAUGUUUACAUUUUUUUUACAUAUCUUACAUUUGUUACCCUGACACGGGCAGGCUCCUACAACCACACUGGACUUUUGAGUGGGCGCUUCAGGCGCUUGCAACACUUUAAGUGACCAUGCGGGGGGCAACCCCACUAAUGGGUUAUGAAAUUUAGCUCAAGACGGCCACUGGGAGAGGGUGCAGACAUCAGCGAUUAUAUAGCAUAAGCGAACUAUCUGUUAUCGUUAUUUGUCUUCACGUGGACAAGAACUAUUAGAAGAGAGAUUUCUAAAUGGCUUACAUAUUAUAUUGAUUGGUUCUUCUUUGAAUCGGAUCAAAGAUUAGAUUGGGAUCGUUGAUUGAUAUCGGCCGUUAAUGUACAUAUUAUUAUAUCGAUAUUAAAGACUGGCAAGGAAUGACAUAAUUAUCAUAGGAACUCAAGUUCUCUUUAAUACUUUCGAUAGUAUUGUCAAUAUCGAAUAACAUAUAAAAGGCCCAAUAACAGAACAAUAUAUUAAAUGGAAGUAAUUACCGAUUCUAUCGGUUAUAACAAAAUUUAACGAUACUAUUAAAAUAGGGUAUUUAAUAAAAAAGCUAUAUUAUUUAUAGCCUAAGCAAACAUUACCUUUAAAUAUUAUUCACAAGUGACUAAUUAUUACUAUUGUGUAGUUUGUUCUUUACAUCAGAGCAUUUUAGAUACCCAAAA